UUUUUGUUGUUGAGCAGGGAAAGGGUAGUUGUACCAAGCUCCAAGCCUUACAUUUCCUUCAUUGGGACAGAAAACCAGACUUCUAAUACAGUAAUUACUUGGAAUAACAAAGCUUCUGAUAGAAAUAGUAAUGGUGCUGAACUUGGAACUUUUGGUUCAGCUACCAUCAGCAUAUUCUCUGAUUAUUUUUGUGCAUCUGAGAUUACUUUUGAGAAUACAGUAGUGGCAAUACCAGGAGGAUUGGGGAUGCAAGCAGUGGCACUGAGAGUAUCAGCUGAAAGGGCAAUGUUCUACAAAGUCAAUAUCCUUGGUGCUCAAGAUACUCUCUUAGAUGACACAGGAUCACACUACUUUUACCACUGCCUCAUCCAAGGAUCAGUCGAUUUCAUAUUUGGCAAUGCAAGAUCAUUAUAUCAGAAUUCAGUUCUUCAUUCAAUAGCCAAUCGAUCAGGAGCAAUUGCAGCACAUCAUCGAAAUACACCUGAAGAAAAUACCGGGUUUUCAUUCUUAAACUGUACAAUCAAUGGAAGCGGAUUGAUUUACCUGGGAAGAGCCUGGGGGCCAUACUCAAGAGCAAUAUAUUCAUACUGUGACAUUGAUGAUAUUAUUGCACCAGAAGGGUGGAGUGACUGGGGUGACCCAGAAAGGCAGAAGACGGCAUUGUUUGGUGAAUUCGAGUGCAGUGGGAAGGGAGCAAACACAACAAGGCGGGUAAAAUGGGCAAAGUCUUUCACUAUUGAGGACGCCAGGCCAUUUCUCGACAUGGAAUUUAUUGACGGCAAUAAAUGGUUGAGACUAUAGCUAACAGUAACAAUCGGAUAAAAUAUGUAGGACUAGUCACUUCAAUUGGUUAGCUCUCUAUGUAA